UGGAAGCAGGGGGCAAUGGGCAAGAGGCUAAAUACUGGACUUCUAAUCCUGGAAGGAGGGUCAACCCCAAGAAGAGUUGUGGGGAAAGAAAGUCUGAGAAGGCUGUGCAGGAAGAAGCCCAGGGAAACAGCAGCACGAGGGUAGGACUGUGUGGAUUUUGGCCUAUUAUGAUAGGGUCCCUUGCCUGGAACCCAGCUUAGAGGAUAGGCCUGGGUUCCCUACCAGUCACUGGAAAGUGGCACAAGAGCACUGAAGAUGCAAAUUGGACAGCUAGUCUGGAGAGACUUUGUUAUCCUGGAAGGGGACAGCUAUAAGACGACCUGGCUCAAGGGCUCAGUCAUGAAGAGUGAGAUGGGUCACCGCUUCAGUAACUGACAGAAGAGGGUGCGGAAUUGGGUGAGAGCUGUUCCCCCAGAGCUGCCACCUUUGAAACAGAUCAGAUAAUCCUCUUAGGAGACUUUAACACAAGAGUUGGCCAAGAUUCUAACAUAUGGAGUAGCACCAUUGGGAAGGAAGGAGUGGGCAAGACCAAUUUGAGUGGCUUCCUUUUACUCAGCAAAUGUGCAGAAUACCUUGUGAUCACAAACACAAUCUUCAGACAAAAUGACACAUACAAAACAACUUGGCAACACUGCCGCUCAAAACAGUGGCAUCUUAGACUAUGUCAUUAUAAGAACGCAGGACCUAGGAGUGUUUAAAUCACCCGUGUCAUUAGAGGAGGUGACAAUUGCUGGACUGGCCACCAUGUGAUGAGGUCAGUCAUGUCCAUCAGGAUUGCACCAAAACAUAGAAAACAAGCCAAAUCACAUAGAUGGCAAUACAACAUCCAAAGACUUCAAUCCUCAGUGCACCAAGAGCACUUCCAAAUGCUCCUCAGUGAAAAACUGGCCCUACGCACACCUGGAGAUGACAACACAAGUGCCAAAGAAGACUGGGAAGCCCUAAAACAGACCAUCCAUGAGGUUUGCGAGGAAUCCAUUGGCCUUGCUAUCUGCCAUCAUCAGGACUGGUUUGACGACAACAACAACACUGAGAUUACAGCCCUUUUGAACCAGAAGAGAAAAGCUUCCUGUGACUGGCAAAAUCAAUCACUAUCCAGUCAUCAGAAGCAGAGCUCUUUCCAUCAGCUCAAAGCUGGAGUUCAAAGGAGGAUCCAAGAUAUCAAAAACAAAUGGUGGGAGGACAAAGCAAAAGAAAUCCAAACAUUCGCUGACAGACAUGAUAUGUGGGCAGCGAUUGUGGCCCAAGCCGGUCUUCCAACACCACCUGCAAUGUCUGCCAGUGGACCUGUGACUCAAGAAUCCGAGUCCUCAGUCACCGAAGGACCUAUGGAAAAAAUAAAACCUGUGAAAGAUCAUCCUUGACUUUGAGAGAUCACUGACAACGAUAGUAUAAAGCACUAACUAUGCUGAAAAUGCUAUGGCAUGCUGGUUCUUCA